AGUCAAAGCUGAAGGCAAGAUGCUUAAACUUUUCGUUUUAUUCAUUCUUUCUGCCGUAGCAACGGCUGAUCCAUUGAGAAACCAUUUCCGGUUGGAUCACAAUGCCAGAAUUGUUGGCGGUAGAAAUGCAUCUAUUGAAGAAUUUCCUUACCUCGUAAGUGUCCAAAACUUUGGACACUACUGUGGAGGAGGAAUUAUUUCCCAAAAGUGGGUACUAUCUGCUAUAACCUGUUAUGUUUAUAUUGGAGGUUUAAUUCGUGCAGGUAGUACUUAUUCUGAAGAAGGUGGUUCUCUGCACACCAUCGUUCAGAUUAUUGAACACGAAGAAUUUGACUUCACUGAUCUCACAAAUGGUGUUGUAUUCAAUAAUAUCCAGUUAUUAAGAGUCAGUGAACCAUUUAAAUUUGACAAAACUCGUCAACCAAUGGUACUUUUUAAUGCUAAUGAAGAAGUUCCAGCGUAUACAUUAGGUAAAUUGGCAGGAUGGGGCUUCACUGAGAAUAAUCAAGUGUCACAAAAUCUGAAAGCAGUUGAUUUGAAAACUAUGACCCCACAAGAAUGUAAAAAUAGUUACGAUUUGUUCGGUGGAAUUCAGGAGGAUCAAUUUUGUGCCGGUAAUCCAGGAUUUAAACAAGGUGCUUGUUUGAGAGACAUAGGCAGUCCUUUUGCCAUCAAUGGACGAAUUGCUGGGUUUGUAUCUUGGACUAAUGGAUGUGGUGAUCCUGAAUAUCAUGGAGUUUAUACUAAAAUUUCUUCUUACAUACCAUGGAUUCAAGAAAAAUUAAGAAUGUACUAAAAACUACAGUCAUGUUUUACUAACAAUAAAUUUGAUAUACUUUGGUUUGAUAAAUGAAUGAUUUUAUGAUAUAUUACAUAAAUAACUUUUUUACUAUAAUUCGUUUCAAUAAAUUUGAUAACAACAAAAAAUGAAUA